CGUGGCUAGGGACAUUCUUGGAGACGAGACCGAAAAGAAAAGUAGAGGGACAUAAUUUGAGAUAAUGGGAGUAGAGCAAUCUUUGCCGCUUGACCUGGCCAAGAAAUUUGAUCCGGACGAGAUCAAACGUCUGAGCAGGAGAUUCAAGCGUUUGGAUUUAAACAAAGAUGGCUCUCUCUCCCUGGACGAGUUCAUGUCAAUACCAGAGCUCCAGCAGAAUCCUCUUGUAAAGAGGGUCAUUGAUAUUCUGGACACUGAUAGAAACGGUGCCAUUGACUUUCAAGAGUUUAUAGAAGGCGUCUCGCAGUUCAGUGUCCAAGGAGAAACGGACAAGAAGCUUAAAUUUGCUUUCAAGAUAUACGACAUUGACCAGGAUGGUUUCAUCAGUAAUGGCGAACUUUUUCAGGUUUUAAAGACUAUGGUUGGUAGUAAUCUGACAGAUAAGCAGCUACAAGAAAUUGUUGAUAAGACUAUUUUGUAUGCUGACAAAGACAACGAUGGAAAGAUAUCUUAUGAAGAGUUUUGUGACGUGGUAGGCGGUUUAGAUGUUACAUCAAAAAUGGUUAUAGACUUAAAAUAAUAAUAUUAAUAAUAAUCAUUAAUAAUAAUAUCAACCUUUGUUAGCUACUUAUUCCAUUAAGUCAACGUGUUCUUCUCAUUUUUCUUUCUUCUCUCUCUCUCUCUUAAAUUAGUGUUAACUUCCAAUCAUGCAUUAUUAUUAUUAUUAUUGUUGUUAUUACUGCUGGUAUACUGAGAGAUCCUGUCCUAAUCUUUAUUCCAUUGUCUUUAUUUUUACAAUGUUCAAAGAUAUUAAAUGAUAAUAGCA